AUGCCGAAUCAGGCAAAUGUUCAGCAAACAGAACAAAUUCGUGAGAUUUUUGACAAUGCCGAUGUUGUUCUGCUAACAGACUUUCAGGGGCUUACCGUCGCAGAAGUUAACGAACUGCGGAACCAACUCCGAGCAGCCGGUAUCCACUAUAAAGUCUGUAAGAAUACAUUGAUAAACGUUGUCGCUCAAGAAAAAGGUAUUGACGGCUUAGCACCUUAUCUCAAAGGAAAUACAGCCCUCGCUACGGGUACAGAUCCAGCGGCAUCCUCAAAAAUCUUGCUUGAAUUUGGCGAGGAACACCAAAAUUUUAAGGUUAAAGGUGGGAUUCUUGGAACACGAAUAAUCGACGCAGCAGGCGUUGAAGCCCUCCAAGAUAUGCCGUCACGAGAAGUCAUGAUUGCCCGCGCUGUCGGGAUGAUCAGCGCGCCUCUCACCGGACUCGUCAACACCUUACAUCAAGGUUCACCCAUCACGGGUAUGGUGAAUGUACUUAGUGGAACGAUACGUCAGGUAACCUCCGUACUGACACAGGUUGCCGAUCAAAAGAAAGAGGCGGAAAACGCCUAA